AUGAUGUCUGCAGAGGAAACCAUGGAAGCGCUGAGAGAGUUUGCGCCACAGGCUGAUAACAUGACACAAUAUCUCACUUCGAAUGUCGAAACAUCUCAGCCUCUGCCAUUUGAUGUUGAUCAUGGGUUUGCGGAGUACAUCAAAGCGAACUGUUACGAUAAAAGACGAAGCGUGGUGAAAAACUCCGUCAAAGAAGUGGAGAGUGACGAGCUGAAACAACAAAUUUCAGCACAUGGAGAGAUGAUAGAAAAGAUCAAGUCCGACCCAGAAUUAAACUCGAAUUAUAGAUUUGAUGCGAUUUAUAAUGAAGAAAAAAUGAGACAGAUUUGCCGAGUUUUGGCACAAAGAACUAUGAUCUCGCAGGGACGUAUAGUAGAGAUUUCCACAUGCGGUGAAGACCGAAAUAUUAAAGUCCCAGAAAGCAUCUUAGACUAUCAAACGAUUUAUUUUCCGCCCGAAAAAAGGAUUCAAAUCAUGAAAAAUAUCACCUUCAACAAGAAAGAUGUGAUUCCAGUUUAUUCUGACAUAGCUGGCGAAACCGUUGAGUCCAUUUCGAUUCCGAAUUCACUUCUUUUUGAUUAUACCGACGUGAACUAUUUCAACCAGACCGCAGAGCACAAUUUGGCGAGAGCUGUAAAAAUGGCGGCGGAAGACAAAAAUACUAUCAAAUGCAGCUGUUGUUCUUCUGAUCCAGACAAAAAAGUAAUUCGAUGCUAUGAGAAUAGAAACUGUCCAUGUUUCAUCAUGAAUGAAAAACUGCAGAAGUUUCAAAAGCCAACAAAUGGUAACUCCCCUGCCAAAUUUACAUCCUUCGAACCAAUUCACUUCACCUCGACCGAUCGGCACUUUUAUCAACACAUGGGUUUUGCAUGUUCAGAACUCUGUGGAUGCGAGGCUAAAUGCACCAAUAAUGUUCUGAUGAUACCAAACAAACGUUUGUUCCCCGUCGAAAUGUUCAGAAGCAACGAGAAGCUUGGAUUCGGUGUUCGUUCGAAUGUUCUCAUUCCUGCUGGAACACCAGUCACCGAAUUCGUUGGAGAGAUUAUCGGGGAGCAGAUUCACAUGGAAAACGUAAAUUGGAACAAUAUCGAAUACGCGUAUCAAGUCACAUAUGGGGAAGAUGAUGUUAUGAAGCAGCUCGUGGAUCAGGCAACCUUUUCGAAAAAUUACAAAAGUCUCAUAAAGGAUUUAUAUGCUAGCAUUUCAUAUUACUUGGAUCCGACAGUUUGCGGAAAUUAUGCACGCAUGGCAAGUCACAGCUGUGCUGCCAACAUGGAAUUGGUUCGAGUCUUUCAAAAAAGUCUUUCUCCUGCCCAUAUUCAUCUUGUGAUGGUGGCAGUAACCGAUAUCUUUCCUGGCACGCCGAUAACCAUCGACUACGGAAACGAUUAUGCGACACGACUUGAAAAUAAGUGUCAAUGCGGAACGUUUGCCUGCUUAAAUGGGCCCGAAUCAAGAGAGAUGAAAAACGCAUCACAUGCUGAAUUCGGAGAUUCGCAAACAGUGCGCACGAACGCGGACACACUCUACCGAGAAAUCAACGUUGUCAACAAUACCGAAUACUCUCUGUGCAGAUUAGGAUGCACUCAUCCAGAAUUCGAAACGCUGAGCCUUCCUGAGUUUACCUUCGGACAGUCCGCAUAUCGGGAGAUUGUGGACAAUCAGACCAGUGCGAAAUCAGAAGAAGUUCAGAAGAAUAUUGUCAAAGAAGUUCGAUUUUUGUGUUUGGAUCAUCAAGAUGAGGGAUUUACUGGAAGAGUGAAUAUGCUUUUUGAGAAAGAUGUAGAAGAGUCGAACCAUAUUCAUUAUGUUGAGCUCAUUUCUCGCGAUGAAGGAGAUGACGAAGAAGUGAUCCUUCACCACAGUUGGUGCUACAAUUCGAAUUGUUAUAUAAAUUUCAACAAUACGUUCCUCGUAGAUUUCCGCCUUCGAGUGUCCGCAUUUAAUGGAAAUGGAGCUGUUGGUCGUCGUUUAUCGAAAUGGUACAAUGCUCGAAACUUACUCUCCGUUUCAAACGAUUUGUCGCUGAAGAGUGUCGAAUGGAAAGACGACAAAGCCGUCGCGCGAUUAUCACCAGAUUCGAACUCAGGAAUCCCUGCUUGUUCUUAUGAGAUACAGUAUAAAAACGCACUGAGUUCUGAAUAUACGACGGUGAAAUUUUACCUGGAUCAUACGAAUGAGCUGCUAGUAAGAGGACUAGAAUUCAAUCAAAAUUACACUGUGACAUACAUCAGUGAUCUGAUCGGAGAACUUGUGUCAGUUGAUGUCAGUGUUCCGGCAUGCAGUCUUAUGGUCACUGAUGUAACAAUGUGUGCGCCACCGUCCGUCUCUUCUCUACAUUCAAGAUGGAACACUUCUUCGGGUGAAAAUGAUUUGGAAAUCGACUGGAACUAUUUUUGGGUUCUUGACGCAAACACCAACAGAAUUGACCGAUCGAUACGCACAUCUCACUUUCAUAUUACUGUGCAUCCUCUCAUAACUCCGAACAAUCCAAACUGCGAGAAGUAUGAACCCAUUCGGCGAGACGUUGACAAUCUGCAGCGUCACGUUAGCUUCAGAAUUUCUGAUGCCAAAUGCAACUAUGAAGUGGAAGCCGUCGUUUUUGAUACGAAAAGAAGAAAGAGUGAGACGAAGAAAAUGAAGAUUGUGCGUAUCAACGAACCGUCCUACAUGGCACUUCUCCCAGCUACUGAUGUUCAAACCACCAUCGGUCUUGUCGUUCUUCUCACUUGCGCCAUCAUAUUUUUUACUUUAAUCAUUUUGAUAAUCUUGUUGAAAAAAAGAAAUCAAUCAAGAAGAAGGAGAAGGGGAGAGACUGUGUGCUACGCAUAUGUCGAUGAACCGUCGCGAAAAAUCGUUGGAGUGAGACAGCCGGGAGCUCGAUUUUUGCCAGUCGAAAAUAUGAAUAGAGAUGUAGAGGCGGGGCUAGCGCAACGAACCGUCGGAUGCAAUAUUCAAAACGGGCCCAAAGUGAAUAUGUUUCAAGUUCUUCCCCAGCCGCCAUACGGAGAUAGUACGUCCGAUCAUCAUUAUGACUACAUUAGCGAAUAUCAAGUGGAAUCCGAAAUGAGCGACGAAGUUUUUGAGGAAGACAUUUGCAUCUCUACACCGAACACUCCCUAUCGCAUAAUGGAUUCCCCAUCUUUCUGUCUGAUGGCUCCAAUCGCUCCGUUCGAGGAAUUUGAUGAUCUGCCGGCGUAUGCAUUUCAAACAUUCCGAUUUGGAAAACCGUACGAGCGACCUGGUAAUCCGUACUGCCUGAUGACGACCGCAAUGGAUGUCUCUAGAGGCAACUGCUUUUCUUUGAAAUAUCCGAGAGAUUAUUCCGAACCAACGAGAAGGGCGUUGCGACGUGAGCUCGAAAUCCUUCGCAUCCUUCCCCUCCAUCCGAAUAUUGUUCACUUCAAUGGAGUUGUCAUUGGAAGAUGGGAGAACAUUCCAUACCAAAUCACUGGAAUUUUGAUGGAAGAGUGUCUUGGUGGAACUCUCCACGACUAUAUCAAUUCGGCCGGUUUCGUACUUCGUCGUCAAGGAAUGAGAACCCCAGAUGAUGUUUGUCUCCCAAUCGCCAAUGAAUCCCCGAACCAGUCAUCUGGAUAUAACAGUUUCACGAGCAAAGGUCGACAGACUCCAGAACAGAAAACUAACCAGGACAAAAACUCAUGUCAAAUAGUUUCUUCCAAAUUCAUUGGUUUCGCUGAGCAGAUUUCAAGCGCCUUGGAGCAUCUUCAUUUCGUUCGAAUCAUUCAUUCGAGAGUGUCCUCAAUGAGCAUCUUUCUCUCAUGUGACUUCACAGAUCCUCUGGAAAUGCCAUCUGAACAAAUUGUGAAGCUUGGUGACUUCUCAAACGCAUUCCCAAAUUCCAAUGAUGCAUCAGUGUUGGAUCCAAUGUUGCAGCCUCCUGAAGUCAUGAUGGGCAAGAAAUUCGAAACGAAAGGCGACAUUUGGCAAAUGGGAAUGUGUCUCGUGGAGAUGUGUACGCUUGGUACUCCAUUCGCAAUGCAAAAGCAUAUUCCGAUGUCUGGAGUUUCAGAAUUUGACAAGCUCCCGUCAACCCGUUUCAUUCGUGAUACCGCCAAAAAGUGUCUUCUGAAACCUCGAAGUCGUCCAGAAGCUGCGAAUCUCCGCGUGAAUAUCAGCAAUUAUACCGGAUAG